CUCCCAUAUAUUCUUCCCGAGCUCGCUUCAAUUCCCCGUUCCGAGCAGGCAGCAGAGUACGUCGCCUCCCACGUCUCUUUCUUUACCCAGUUUUCCCUACCAAAACCCGGGCUUUACCUGCCAAAACCAAACCCCCCACGAAGGCAGAACCGACGGCAGCGCGGCCAAUGGCCAUCGAGGCGGACGCGGUGGCGGUGGCGAGGGCGGUUUCGAUCUCGGAGACGGCGCCCAUGUCCCCGGCCGCCGAGGCGCGCGGCGGGUGGCUGAAGAAGCUCAUCCCGCGGGACUACCUGCCCCGGAGCCGGCGCUGGAGGCUGGCCGCCCCGUCCGCCGGCGGCGCGUCCAGGCUGGCGUCGUCGCUCUCGCGCUCGCUGCGGUGGAAGCGCCUCCCGGGGCUCUCCUCCCUCAGCCUGCGCAGCGGAUCGGCGUCGGCGGUGGUCGACGCGGUCGCGUUCCGCGUCAUGUACGUCGUGGAGGCCGUCGUGCUGGGCCUCGCGCUCUCGUGCUUCUUCCUCUGCUGCGGCUGCCACCUCUGAGCUGUUUCUUCCCCACUUUCACCGCUACUUGGCCGGGCGUGUAACAAAAAUGCCAUUCUUUUUCCUGCUUCUUCUUCAGUUCUUCUAUCGAUGAUUUUGCUGUAAAUUAUCUACCUACAGAAAUGAGAAUUUGCAAAGUCAAUUGGCAUAUGAUUAGUUUAAUUUGCGUGUUGUUGGAUGCUGUUAUGCAAGAAAUUGUGUCCUGGGAGACUGAGUUUUUCUGAAAA